AAAUGUUGCGCUUGAUUGUGAUUGUUUUGUGCGCUUCUGUCGCAACUUGCGACGUUUCAAAGUGCGAUAACGGUGAUUUCCGCUGCGUCGAGAGCAAUUUGGUGAAAUUUUUCGACGAUUUGGAUCGCGAGCCGGUCCUCGAGGUUUUGGGCCUGAGUCUGGUGAAGAAAUCUAACCAUUCCUCGGGGGCGAAAACCCAGGUUGGGGUACUAGAACGUCUCGUCCAGUUUGUGAAAAAUCGUGAAAUAAAAAUCGCUCGAUCCAUAACGGCCCGGAACUGGGAGAAUGAGGCGAGGACGAAGAAGCUGAAAAAAAUCCUGCUCCCGAUUUUGAUGUUCCUGAAACUGAAAGCUGCGAUUGUGAUUCCGGCAGUUUUGGCCCUGAUGGCCGCGCUGGCCGUCAAGGGCUUCGGGAUGAGUUUGGUGGCCCUCACGGUGGCUGUUGGCGUGGCCUUGAAGAAUUUUGUGGCGGAGGAGCACUACCAUCAUGGGCCUAAGUUGGCGUACGAGAUUGUGCCGCAGGUGUGGCAGAGGAAUGCCCUGGAGCAGGGGCUGCCGAUGGCCUACCAACCGAUCUCUUCUUAAUGUAUACGAAUUUUUUUUAAUUUAUUUCUAAUAAAAAUUUUAGCGUA